AUGAACAGUUAUCAUUGGUAUGACGCAGAUGUGCAUACAUUUAGCAUGUUCAGCGUAUGCUCCUUUGACCAGGCGGCUUUCGGUUGGAUGCCGUUUGUCACGUAUGUACGACGCAUGAACAGCAUCAGAGCACCUAACACGCGUUCCCUUCAACACUGGAGCUCGCUUGCGCCAACAGACUGCUUAAUUGUACUCAUUUCAUUUUAUUUGGAGCCUGGGCAGCAUGGUUUACCACCUGAAAGGCCAGGAACACCUAAAUAUAAAUGCCGAUGUGCCGACUCCCUUCGUGCUGCCGUGGAGUUGGUAUGUCCAGCAGCGGCUGUAUUGGCAGCUUCCCAAGAAUCUAGCCGUGACAGUAACUGCCGAUGGGAAACGCAGCGAAGGACGGUUCGCUGGGCUCGCCCACGAGGAUUCCCAGUUCGGCCUGCGCAUUUCCUUCAACCAAACCACUGCCCUCGACCUGUUCGGCGGCUAUCACCUGGUUUCGGUGCGCAAGGUCGGCCAAACAGAGCUACACUACACGCUCAGCAGCAGCGCCUGCCCGUGCGCCGGUGGCAGCAGUAAGGGCA